GCUUUCUUCGCGAUUCCUUGUGGGAUUGUCGGCGCAUCCAUGCGAGUAGCAGCUCCUCCUUUGCUUGGCGAUCGAUGCAUACUUAUCGAUGCCGCCAACGCGGAAGCUGCCAAGAACCCUAGCUUUGGAAAGCGUGGAUUUCGGGUGGAAGAUUCAAGCACGACUUCGCCAGAGUCGUGACAUCACUCUCACAGCAUUAGAUGCCACGACAAUCGAGGGAGUUUUAUAUCUGGGACUGCUCCAGCGAUUAGCGUAAGAUCACUCGGGAAGUAACUUUGAGUAACUUUUGCUCCAGCGAUGGCUGUAGUGGUCAGACAAAGGCCAAUCGCCAGUGCACGAAUCAUCGGUCCGGAAGAAAAGGAUGCUCUCGAGAAAGCCACGAGGGAGAAAAAUCUUAGCGGCCGCUUUGGUACUCGUGUUGAUCCUCUGCCUUCACGCUGGCUACUCCAAUUUCUUGAGCUUAUCAUACUUUCUCAGGCCCGUCUGGGACACACCACCGAAGCCAUUCGACUUCAUCACUCACUACUUCUCUCACAACCUCUCCCGCUCGGAUCUGUGCGAAUUACACAACUGGGAAGUGAGAGAGACCCCUCGCCGUGUCUUUGACGCCAUCAUCUUUAGCAACGAGCUCGACCUGCUGGAGAUCCGGUGGAGAGAAUUGUAUCCUUUCGUGACCAAGUUCGUGCUCCUGGAAGCAAAUGGUACUUUCACUGGUCUGGCCAAGCCGCUCUUCUUCGCGAAAAACAGCUACAGGUUCUUGUUUGCGGCCUCGAAGCUGUUCUACCGGGAGAUCUGGACGAGGCCUUUACUGGAGAAUGAGAGUCCUUUCGCGACGGAGGUGUUCCAGCGACAGCAAAUGGAUCGAGCGCUGGUGGCUGCGGGGAUUGAAGAAGGAGACAUCGUUAUCAUGUCAGAUGCUGAUGAGAUCCCGAGUUGGCACACGCUGGAGCUGCUAAGAUGGUGCGAUGGAUUUCCUUCUCCCAUGCACCUCCAAAUGAGAAACUAUCUCUACUCGUUCGAGUUCCUGGUGGACGACAAAGCUUGGAGGCCGUGCGUGCAUUUGUAUCAGCCGGGCGCCACCAAGUAUGGACACUUCCGAAGGUCAGAUUUCAUACUCGCAGACGCAGGGUGGCACUGCAGCUUCUGUUUCAGACACGUCAGUGAGAUCCUGUUCAAGAUCAGAGCCUACAGCCACGCAGACCGGCUGAAAGCCUCGCGCCUCGGCUCGGUGGACGCCGAGAGAAGAAUCCAGGACGCGGUUUGUAAAGGCAGGGACCUGUUUGGCCUCCUUCCGGAGGAGUACACGUUCAAAGAGCUGGUAGCCAAGAUGGGAAACGCCGCAAGAUCUCACGCAGCAGUCCAUUUGCCGCUGUGGUUGCUGCGAAACGCUCACAAGUUUAAGUUUUUACUUCCAGGACACUGCCUCCGCGAGUAUGAUCCUUGAAGAACACUGGUGCACAGCCUUCGGCCACCCCGCAGAUAGAAAAGCUCGACUCGCAAACGAUAGCACAGAGUCUACUCCAAGGGGUCGCCUCCGGACUUUGGAUCCACACGCAAGGUAGUCCUCCUUGCGCUGCUGCUACUCUCGGUCGUGGACGACGACGCUGGAGACGCUGGCGCUGGAGCCAUGUAAGCCGUACUAAAGUUCUUCCGCGACCUCCCUUCAAACGUUGGAGCUCCUCUGUCCACCACCUGCUUGGUGUCCUCGGCAAAGGUCGUCCCUCUCGCCUUGAAAACUCUGAUCCUCGGCCUUCCUCCUCCAGCCGCGUUCUUGCGAUCCUCCUCGGCCUUUCUAGCCACUGCGUCCUCCUUCUCCUUUCUCGCUCUUUCCUCAUCGUCCAGCCUCUUCUUCUCGCCUUCCCUGCGUUUCAUCUCCUCUUCUUCCUGGAUUCUCCUCUUGCGAGCUUCUUCUUCCUCGGCCUCUCUGCGUUUUCUCUCCCGUUCUUCCUCCUGGAGUUUCCUUCUGCGCGCUUCCUCCUCCCUGUGCUUUCGUUCCUCCUCCUCCUGCUUCCUCCUGAGCUCUUCCUCGGCCUCCUUCCUCUUGCCCUCUUCCUCUUCCAUU